CAAAAUCCGAAACGGAACCACCGACACCUCCCUCUCUUCUUGCCUCCCAUCAACCUCUCAAACCCUAACCCUAACCCUACCUUCGUCGUCGUCCCAAAACCCUGGAGAAACCCUAGAUCGACAUCAUCAUCAGGAUCUCUCGGGCGUCGGGAGCGCGCCUUCGGCAUGGAGGCGACGAUAAGGAAGUUUCAGCAGAGGUAUCGGAGGGUGAGAGACGAGAUGGGGCGAUGGGACGAGCUCCAAUCCCGACUUCUUUCCCAAUUCUCCAACGCCUCCUCCAUAAUCGGGCGCCUCCAGGUUCUUGGAGAUUCUAAAAAUUAUGGUGGUCUGAGAUGUGUCCCUGCCAUUAGAGAGGCGCUCUUGGGGAAACAGAUGGAAACCUUGGAAAGGAUCUUUUGUUCCAUGAGAGAGACCUUGAAAGAAUUUUAUGAUAUUGUCAGAUCUCUUGAUAAAAUUUCACGGGAUAGUAACCAAUUAUUGAAAGGAGGAUCUGCACCAAUUGUUCAACAAAUGCAAUUACAAAUUGGAAUUUGGCCAACCCUCGCAGAUUGUAUGGAUGGGCUGAAGUCAAUAUCAGAGAUGCAUCGGUCUGAGUAUGCGCUUAAAUCGUCAAUCAUUUCCGCCUUGUCAUGGAAUUGCAGUUCCAGUGACAUAGCUGCACUCCAUCAACUUUUGAUGGACCAACCAAACAUCUCAAAAGAUGAAGUACAAUCUAUAUUCGACAUUAUAUUUGCAGACGAAGUUUGUUGAACUUGUUUCUUAUUCAAGUGCUGCUGCUUAUCAUUGUUCUGCGUGAUGCAGCGGGGACAAGCGACCUCUAUUUUAUCUAUGCCGCUUAGAGUAUGGCAUUGUUUUGCUGGACAUCCAAUAUACAGGGAGACUGCCAGCUCUAUAGAGCUAGCUUCUCCAAGAGAUGGUACUGCUUUUUGGAAGGGGUUUCAGAUCCUCAAACUACACGAUUGAUCAGUAAAUACCUCCACUCUGAAGAGUCGGUUACCAAACGUACAGGUAAGUUAUAUUCGUCAAAUCGCAUGUCAGAUUGCGCGAGUCCGUCCAUAAUUUAGUUACGGUACAUGUCAUAUUAAGAGAGGUUUGAGCGAUUUGUAAGUCAUACUAAGAGAGAUGUCUGAGGGGUUUUUUAAAUUUUGAGAAAAUCGAGCACUUAAAAUUUUCCACUCAUAAGUGUCUACUGUAAACAAACAACCAGUGAAGUGUUUUGUGUGUUAA